AUAUCUUUAAUUUCUACUCAUACUUACAUAUACCUAAAUAAAAAUUGCUUUUAUCAUUAUAAUUAUUGUAUGAUUGUGAUUACGAACGACUCUCUUUUAAUUAGUUUUUGCUAUUUUUCACAGUAAAAAAUUGAAAGCAUAAUUUUGGAUAGUGGUUUUUUGGUACCCAAAAAAUACUACAAUUAAAACAAAUCUCAAAAUUUUCGAUGAAGCAAUCAUAAUGAAAAGGGUGUGGAGAACUAAAAAAGCAAUUGCUUCCUCGCAACGUUAGUCGUUAGGCACUGCCUGGCAAGUGACAAAUCAGAAUCAAUGGAUCUUACAUGGAUAUCUGCUUCAGUUCGCAUUGCAUCACACUCAACAAUUCCAGAUGCAGAUCUCUGCUCUCCCCCUUCUCUUCCUCCUCUCCUCCCUCUUCUCCUCUUCCAUUGCAGGUUUCGAGCCGGCGCCAUCGCCGGUAUCGGGCGAUGGAGAUGGAUCGCCCGCGGUCAAUCCCUCUCCUCCGACAGCGGCAUUGUCAGAGCCGCCCGCGCCGGCGGAGUCACUCCGGGGUAAGUACGGAGCUCCGGUGCCUGAACCGGUGAAGAAGGAAGAAAGUGAAGACGGCGGCUCGGACGAGAUCCCGGCGAGUUCCGCGGAAGAGGACACGGAAUCUGCUACGGUGAGGUGGUGCGCUGUGCGGGAGGAGUUCGUGAACUGUCAACAUUUUGUGAGUCUAUUUGCCCAAUCAGAUGGUUACACGUGGAAAUGCGUUCAAAGAGAUACAACCCUAGAGUGCCUGGAUUCUAUAAAGAAAGGCCAAGCGGAUGUAAUAAAUCUGGAAGCAGGACUUGCCUACUUUGCAUUCAUCAACUACUCCAUGAAAGCCAUUGCUAAUGAAGUUUACUGCAACAGUGCUGAGAGCUAUGAAGCGGUUGCAGUGGUAAGCAGGGAGGCCUGCAUGGCCAACAGGGACAUUACUCUAAUGGAUUUCAAGGGCCUUAGGUCUUGCCAUGGAGGAUACUCCACAGCUGCAGGCUGGAACUAUCCCAUUGCUCAUAUACGAACAUCGGUCUAUUCUGAGAAAAAGAAUGACUGGGAACUUGCUGCGAGUUUCUUCACUGAGGUCUGUGCUCCAUCUGAGUUAGAGUUUGAAGGACUGGGCUUUGAUCAGAACAGCUCCUGCCAAUCAAACAGUGUGUACUUUGGUCACUCCGGGGCUUUUAGGUGCCUACUGGAGGAAUUAGGGGACAUUGCAUUUGUCAAAGGUGACACUGCUCUGCUUUACUCCAUGGAAGGGCCUCAUAACCAGUCAUGGUCUACAAAGUCCCUAAGAGAUUUCAUGUAUCUUUGUCCAAAAGGGGGCUGCAGAGAAAUCAAUGGCUAUCCAGGAACCUGUUCCCUUGGCACUGUUCCAGCUAAUGUGGUAAUGGGGAGUAACUCCAUUUUGAAUAAGAAGAGAUUGGUCAUUUUGCAAACCUUGCUCAACUCCACCACCUGGGUUGAUGCUAGUUAUACAGGAGAAGGCCACAUUAUUAGUCCAAGUACUCAAGCAUUAGCUGCAGUGAAACAGCUUACAAGGUCAUACCUUGGGAAAUCAGCUUUAAUUUCGCAAAGCAUACAAGAACUAAACCAGGUCAACCUAUCUACAGUAAAUAAUAAUUCAGUUCUCUUACCAGACAUUGGAUCAUCUUUGCACAUUAACCAUGUGAACGUCAUCACAAUCGUCUCAAUCUUGACAGUGCUCACGUUACCAGUCAGUGUUCUCUUCUAGAUUCUAAUAGUUAGAAAAAUGAGGGAAAAAAAACAUGUAUAUUUUCAUUUUUUGAAGUUCCUAGAAUCAUUUUUGUAUUGAGAUUGUGAUCAUAAAGGGGGGUUACUUUUAAAUUUAUGUAAGUGAUAUAAAUUGUUAUCUUCUACAAAAUAAAAAUUAGCUUAAAGUUGGCUCCC